UCACCUGGAGGAUGAUCCGCACAGGCACAGCAACUAGUCUGCAGGAGUCAAUCUACUACGCAGCGAAAGAUGGAAUGGCGAUAACUUUGUACGCGAUCUUGGAAAACAAGACUGCAGAAGAAGUGGGAGAACUGCUCGAAACACCAUAUUCCGAAGAUGGCCAGAAAACAACGCCCAUUAUCGUCGCAGCGCGUCAUGGAAAUGACAAGAUGGUUAAGAUGCUGCUGACAAAAUUCAGUGCCAAUAUUGAGCAAACAGGUACGGUAAAGUUUGAUGGCUACAUGAUAGAGGGAGCCACCGCGCUGUGGUGCGCGGCCGCCGAAGGUCACAUGAACGUCGUGAAGGUUCUCGUCGAGCACGGCGCUGACGUCAACCACCCGACGUCGACAAACUCGACGCCGCUGCGCGCCGCUUGUUUCGACGGCCGCCUCGACAUCGUAAAAUAUCUCGUGCAGAACAAAGCUGACCUUCUCAUCGCGAACAAGUACAACAACACGUGCCUUAUGAUCGCCUCCUACAAGGGUCACCUUGGCGUCGUGCACUUCCUGCUCGUGGCGGGCGCGCUGCCGGACGAGCGCGCGCACUGUGGCGCCACCGCGCUGCAUUUUGCUGCCGAAUGCGGCCACCUCGACAUCGUCAAGUCGCUGCUCGUUCACAACGCGCGCAUGCUCCCCAACGAUUUCCACGUGGACCCGCUGCUGUCGGCGGCCGAGAGCUGCCAGGCGGAGGUUGUCGAGCAUCUCAUCUCGUCGCCGCGGACGACGCGGCGGCGCUGCGUCGACGCUUACGAACUUCUCGGCGCGUCGUUCGCCAACGACAAGGACCACUACGACAUCGAGAAGGCGUUCACGUACCUGAUGCGCGGCAUGAAGGAGCGUUACGCGGACCCGCGCGCCGUGCUGCGCAAGGACCCCGCGGCGGUGCGCGUCCCCGCGUACGCGCGUCGCGUCGAGUGCGCGACCGUCAACGACCUGGAGGCGAUCCGCGACGACCACGCCGCGCUGCACAUGGAAGCGCUCUCGAUACGCGAACGCAUCCUCGGCGCCGGCAACCCCGAAGUGCCGCACCCGAUCAUCUUCCGCGGCGCGGUGUUCGCCGACGGCGCGCGCUUCGACCGCUGCGUCGCGCUCUGGCUGCACGCGCUGCGGCUGCGGCAGAACGCGAGCCGCUCGGUGACGAAGGACCUGCUGAGGUUCGCGCAGGUCUUCUCGCAGAUGCGUCACGUCGGGGUACCCGUCGAGUUCUCGCACCUGCACGAGGUGCUGCAGCAUGCGUCCGUCGAGCUGCGGCUGGACCGCGUGCGCGCGACGGAAGCGGACGACGGCGUCGAGCGUACGGCCGCGACGGAGCAGGCCAACGCCAACCUGCUGACGAUCCUCUACCUUGUGAUCGUGUACGCCGGCGGUGCGCGCGGCUACGCGGACGCGCAGCGCGCGACGAUGUGCCGGCUCGUGUACGCGAUCGUGCGCACGGACCCGCGGCGCCGCGACGGCGCGUCUCUGCUUCACCUCGCCGUCGACCCGCGGACCCCCGUCGACGACUUCCACACGAACGACGUGUGCGCGUUCCCGAACGCUCCCCUCGCCAAGCUUCUCGUCGCGUGCGGAGCGGACGUUAACGCCGUCGACGCGACGCGAAACACGCCGCUGCACGUCAUCGUCGGCUACCGCCGGCCCGCCGCUACAGAGCUGCAGGCGGACUUCAACGUGCUGCACUCGAUCAUAGAGCUGCUGGUGGACAGCGGCGCGCACCUCGACCCGUGCAACGACGACGGACAGACGCCGAUGCAGGCGUCCGUGACUGGCGUCGCCGAGGUGAUCAUUCGUACGCAGAUUCAGCUGAGUCUGAAGUGCAUGGCGGCGCGCGCGGCCAAUCAGCACGGCAUCGCCUACGAGGGACACGUGCCAAAAAACCUCGAGGGCUUCAUCGCCAUGCACGGCUGCCCCGCUGAUAGGGGGCGCCACUCUGACAAGGUGGAGCGGAGUCUGCGCGCAGAUUCGAAGACAAUGCCCGAGUGAAGGGACCCCGGCGACCGGGAGUGUUAGUGUAACAAGCUGGAGUGUGGUCUGUGAGCCAAUUCAAAAACUGAGUGAGGGGACUGCUUGUAUGUGAUCAUGUGAUUCCUUGCUGUCAUCGUUGUUACUGCUGUUGGUUCAGUGCAAACGAUGAUCGUGUAAUAUUCCCCUGGCGUUAAGUUUGUUAAGUUAUUUAAUAGAAAUUUUGUAGAAAAAAUGGCUUGACUUUUUGGUAGUCAAUUUAUUAUUAUUACAUAUACACUUGUUAGGUUGCCGAGCAAUUAUUAAGUGUGGAUAGGUUAAAUUUGUUUUGGAUAAUCGGGUGUGGAGCAACUUGAAAAGUCGUCCAGAUUUUUUUUUCAUUAAUUUCUUUUAUUAAUCUGGUAUCUAGAGCAUGAUAUGUGUCUAUGAAUAAUUACUUUCAUUUCCAGGGGACGUGCUUGUAUCCACUUGAUUUCUGGCUAGGGUAACUAAAACUGAACUGCACAUAUCAUCCCUUGUAUUGUCCCAUGUCCGAGAGAUACAUGCAGUGCAUGUUGUUGUUAAACUGCUGGAUCAAAGUAAGUGGUCAGGUUCUUUUUGCGGGACGAGGUAGUAUGUGGUUGGGUUCUGUACGGAGUUUUUGCUAUGUUACUUAAUUUGUGCUUUGUGUAAAGUGCAGUAGCAUACACCGUCAGCAGUUCAUAAAAGGAACGGCUGCGCGUUAUGCGCAGCAAAAAUGCUUUGCCAAAUUACACUUGUUUUCAUAUAACGUCAACAAAUCUGUUGCCCUCAUUUUAUGAGAACAGUGUAUGCUGCGCAGUGGGAAGUGGGUGGGCAUCUAACGGACCUUGUGUGAUCCUAGGUCCCCAAAUAGCCUUGCUCUCUUUCCAUGAGCCACUCUUCUUACGAAGGCACGUUAACGUAAUAGCACGUGGAGGAGAAUAGUGAGUUAUGUGUACAGCAGAACAGUUCAGGUUGGUGAGACCACUCUCAAACGAUUUCUUCUCUGUAGCCAGCCGUCUGAGCAUUAAAGCCGUCGUCUAAUGGCUUAGUAAUGCUAGUACAAAUUUGCUAGAUCACCUGCUGUGUACAUGCUACAUGGUACCUAGGUGUGUAUAUCAGGGGUGUAUAAUAUCUAGAGAUCAUAUUACAUUAUAUAGAUCUAUAUUAUCAGGAGUAGAUAGUAUUCCCUAUUAUCUACUCCUGAUAUUAUGACACUCCUUAUAAUAUAUUCAUGUAUCAUCUGUAGGUAGAAUCAGGAGUUUGAUGAUAAAAUACUGUUAUCUUACUCAUUAUAUAAAUAAACAAUCAAAAUAUUUUUUUAAUAGUUUUGAUUGGUCGAUUAUAGCAAACAGGAAAUCCUUUAGGAGUGGUUUGGUGAUUGGCUGUCAGUCUGCCAGGCAUUCCUCUCGUUACGAGUGAAAAUUGCAACUCAUACUCAAUAAGACAUUGUGUUGCAUCCAAUAUCACCCAGUCACGUUGCUUAGCUCUCACGGCCUUCUCUUUCCGGCCUUCUCUUUCCUAUGAGUGCCCCAAAUACCCAAUAUCACCCAGUCAUGUUGCUUGUAUUAGCUCUCACUGCCUUCCCUUUCCUAUUAGUGCCCCACAUACCACGAACACUAGGCGCGUUUACGCGCAUCAUGGGAUGCAGUACAUUUGACUGAAGCCUUGGUCUGCUUGCAAGUCUAGAGCAGCGAUAUCUUUGUACUCUUCCUUUCAAUUGGCCAGUGCUAUGGUAUCCUUGUACUCUUCUUUUCUCUUGGCUAGCAUUACGCAUUUUUGUGCUCUUCCUUUCACUUAACAAAUAUUAUGGUGUCCAUGUCCUCUUUUCUUUCACUUGGCUAGUGCUAUGGUAUCCUUGUACUCUUCCUUUCAUUUGGCUAGUGCUAUGGUAUCCUUGUACUCUUCUUUUCUCUUGGCUAGCAUUACGCAUUUUUGUGCUCUUUCUUUCACUUAACAAAUAUUAUGGUGUCCAUGUCCUCUUCCUUUCACUGGGCUCAAUAUAGACAGGACAGCUGUUGUGCUGGCAGGGUUUCGUAUCGCGAUUUCUACGUUACAUAGGUGGCUGCUAUUUAGUCGCACAGACGGGGAAAAUGUCCUUAAAUAUAAUUAUAUAUAUAAAUUUUUAAAUGAUGCAAAUCUGACCCUACAACAAAUAUUUAUUAACUUUUUGAUUUUCUGCAAACUAUCACGACGAAAUGUUAAAGUGAAGGGUCGAUAACUCUGAGGAAUCAAACACAUGGAAAAUUUACAUUUUAUUCUUGAUGACAGCACCAAAUAAAACCCGGUGGAUACAUGAUCAUGAUGACAUGAGAGGGUCAGGUCUCUAAACCUACUUGUCUUUAGGGAAAUAAACCCUAAAUUUGUUGAAGUGUACGGUGUUACACAUUUAUUUACCUGUUGUCUGAACACUACUGAUUUGCAAUUUUCGUGAGCAUGAUGUAACUACAUACACGUGAACCUAGCUUGAACGUCAUGAUGCACAUGUUAUGCAUUGCAAUGGUAUAUGGGUUAUAGGGUCAGGCAGCCGUGGUUAGCUUGUCUUUGUUGAUUUUCAUAAUAAAGCUUUAAAACCUGUGAAA